ACAAUGACGUACGGAAAAAACGUCGUAAUAACGACAUAUUUUAAAAUACAUUCUUAGAUUUAUGUUACCUGUGUACUGUGGAGAUAUCAUCUGUGGAAUAGUGCACGAGAACAUUUUGAAGUACCUUGAUUUACGUUACCUGUGUACUGUGGAGAUAUCAUCUGUGGAAUAGUGCACGAGAAUAUUUUGAAGUACCUUGAUUUACGUUACCUGUGUACUGUGAAGAUAUCAUCUGUGGAAUAGUGCACGAGAAUAUUUUGAAGUACCUUGAUUUACGUUACCUGUGUACUGUGAAGAUAUCUGUGGAAUAGUGUACGACACAUUUUGAAUUAUACGAUAUAUAUGACCAUGUCGAUGCCUGAGGUGUCCAUUGAAGAUAUCGAACGGCUCUAUCUUUUCCAGAAAUGGGCGGUACCUGUCGUAGUAGCAUUCGGACUUCCUCUUAAUUUACUCAGCUUUUAUUUGUUUUGGCGAACCAAGCUUCGCAAGGCCUCCUCCUCCAGGUACAUGGCGGCCAUUGCUAUGGCAGACAGUGGUUUCCUCUGUAGUAAGAUGCUCACGCAUCUUCCGGUGUUUGAAGUUCCGAUUUACCAUAUACACGGCUCCUGCCAAAUAAUUAUGUACUUAAACCACGUGUCCACAUUUCUGUCAAUCUGGUUCCUCGCAGCGCUUGUAAUAGAGAAGAGUAUAGGUCUGUGCUGGCCACGUAAGAAGUCUUAUUUCUGUACUGUGUUCCGAGCCAAAUGUGUGAUCGCGGCGCUCACUGUAUUGUCUAUUGUGUGUUAUCAUUAUAUCACGUGGACCAUUGGUCCUAGUCCGGAUAAGUUAUAUUGUGUCCCAUGGCCUGACGAAAAUCUACUUCAACCGUUUGAAAAGCUCACCCGAAUGGAUGCCUUCCUCGUGGCUGUUAUACCCCUGACGACUAUCUUGAUUUUAUCGUGCCUUAUAUCGGUGAAAACAUGUAUAUAUUACAGUCGUUCCAAUUCGCCGGAACAAGAACAAUUUGUCCGGCGUCAGAGGACAUGUUUACCCCAGGAAAAGGAGUUCCGCACAACUCCCUCCCUCUUGUGUGUUGCCUUUACCACGGUUCUACUAGACGUACCUAACAGCAUUAUCCGGGUGUUUUUUAUCAUGCACCCUAUCUACAAUCCGGUAGCCUCCUUCCUCCAGUUUAUCACAUAUUCAAUAAAGACAGAAAUAUAUUUACUGUCUUCGUCACAGUUCCGUUUGGAGGUAUGGCAUCUCAUGGCUAGGAUAGCACGAUUCUGCAGGAUCAUAGAACCCCAGAACGACACUCAAAACGUCAGCCAACAAACGGACAAUGGCGGAGAAAUCAUUGUAGAGGGCAAAGUUUAGAUCUGAACCAGGUAGUCGUCCACAUCAUGUGUGAUAUCGAGUUUAAAACGUGUCGUGGUCACGUGUUUGAACGAUUAAGAUAUCCUACAACUGCCGUAUAACAUGCUAUAAGUUCCAGAAUGUUACGACGUUUAUAAAUGUUCAAACAAUGCUGUGUACAUUGUUUCCCUGUUUGAUCGAAGAUGUACAAGAUAAUAAAGGAGAGAAUGGACCGUCUAUCUAUACGGGAUAGAAUCACACUAUCAUUUUAGUUAUGCUGAAAUAGUCGAGAAUGUUUUACGGAACGGUAGCGUAUCUGUAUCUUAUAUCCAGGAAGUGACGUGCCGUAUGUUUUACGGAACGGUGACGUAAAGUUAAGGAUAUCUUGUAUCCAGGAAGUGACGUGCCGUAUGUUUUUCGGAACGGUGACGUAUUAGUUUAGAAUGUCUUGUAUCCAGGAAAUGACGUACCGUAUGUUUUACCGAACGGUGACGUAUCAGUUAAGAAUGUCUUGUAUCCAGGAAGUGACGUGCCGUAUGUUUUACGGAACGGUGACGUAUCAGUUAAGGAUGUUUUGUAUCCAGGAAGUGACGUGCCGUAUGUUUUACGGAACGGUGACGUAUCAGUAAUGGAUGUUUUGUAUCCAGGAAGUGACGUGCCGUAUGUUUUUCGGAAUGGUGAUGUAUCAGUAAUGGAUGUUUUGUAUCCAGGAAGUGACGUGCCGUAUGUUUUUCGGAACGGUGACGUAUCAGUUAAGGAUAUCUUGUAUCCAGGAAGUGACGUGACGCAUGUUUUACAGAACGGUGACGUAUCAGUUAAGGAUAUUUUGUAUCCAGGAAGUGACGUGCCGUAUGUUUUACAGAACGGUGACGUAUCAGUUAAGGAUAUCUUGUAUCCAGGAAGUGACGUGCCAUAUGAUUACAUCAGUAAAGUAUAUGUCGUUUCCAGAACGUGACGUAAGUUGUAAACUGAAAACCGCCCGUCAUUACAUGGGUCGACUGUAUCAAGUACUACACUAUCAUACACAAUCCACGUGUUACGUGUACAAGGUAUGGUUUUCCAUACAAGAGUCAGAGUGUCAUGUCCUACACUUUACUUACAGAAUGAUAUGUUCUCUGGAGUUACUGUACCCAGUGUUAUAUAAUGAAAUGUUAUGAAGAUAUGACAAGUGAGGACUGGCCUUGUCGAUUUUUGUACGACAUGACAGAUGUGUUAGGGUUGGUUGUUUGGUAUUUAUCCUGUUUUGAAAGGUAGAGAAAACAAAAAUUAAACCCCCAUCAGAAGUGUUAUGUCACACGUGUUUGUGUCACUACAUGUUAAUGGUAAAAUUAUCAUUAAUCCGAGACUGUCAUGUUGUGUCACGACGUGUUAAUGGUAAAAUUAUCAUCAAUCCGAGACUGUCAUAUUGUGACACAUGUUAAUGGUGAAAUGGUCAUUAAUCCGAGACUGUCAUAUUCUGACACAUGUUAAUGGUGAAAUGGUCAUUAAUCCGAAACUGUCAUAUUGUGACACGACAUGUUAAUGGUAAAAUUAUCAUUAAUCCGAGACUGUCAUGUUGUGUCACGACGUGUUAAUGGUGAAAUAGUCAUUAAUCCGAAUCCGAGACUGUCGUGUUGUGUCACGACGUUUUAAUGGUGAAAUGGUCAUUAAUCCGACACUAUCAGGUUGUGUCUCGACGUGUUAAUGGUGAAAUAAUCAUUAAGCCGACUCUAUCAUGUUGUUGCACGACAUGUUAAUGGUGAAAUGGUCAUUAAUCCGAGACUAUCAUGUUGUGUCACGACGUUUUAAUGGUGACAUGGUCAUUAAUCCGAGACUGUCAUGUUGUGUCACGACGUGUUAAUGGUGAAAUGGUAAUUAAU